AUGGUUACUACACCUCAACCUUUGUUCUACAAAUUUGUAGCAUGUGAAGAAAAUAGACACACCAGUGACUAUAUUGCAAUUGAACUUUGUACUGUCAUUGAAGAAAUUGGACCAGAAAAAGUUUAUGGAAUAACUACUGAUAACGCAGCAAAUAUGAGGGCUGCAUGGACAAUUGUUAAGGACAAAUAUCCUCAUAUCAAACAUACAGUUGUGCCUCUCAUUCUAUGCAAUUUUUUGCCAUGGAUGUUGAAAAACAAAAAAAAAUAUGCUACUCAUUUAAUACAAGUUAAGAAAAUAGUACAGUUUUUUAAAAACCAUCAUGUCGCUGCUCAUAUUUUUAGUAAGUAUCGCGAACAGUAUGGGAUUACUUCAACUCUAUCAACAUCUGUAGCUACACGUUGGGCUUCUAGUAUUAAAUCAAUUCAGCAGCUACAGAUAAAUAAAAAAGCUCUUAAAUCAAGUGUUGUUGAUGAAGAAAUUGCCUCUUCUAUACCAUCAAAUCAACAAAAUUUGUUUAAGCAAAUAGUAAAAUGGAUUCUGGAUGAAGAAGUAUUUUGGUUAAAAAAUCAACAUUUUAUAAAUUUGUUUUCACCAGUCUCCAAUUCAAUUACCAAAAUGGAGUCUGAUUCUUGUGAAUUUUCAGAAGUUUAUGAUGAGUUUAUGAAAGUAAAAAAACAUGUUGAGGAAAAUAAUUCAUCUUCUUUAAGUCUAAGUCAAAAUGAAAAAUCCAUAGUCGAAUUAAUUGAGCACCGUAUAAAUAAGGUCAUUACACCUACACAUCAUGCAUGCUAUUUACUUGAUCCAAGACACCAAGGAGAGAAUUUAAAAUCUGAAAAAGAAGACAAUGCUAUUGAUUUAAUUAAGUUGAUCUGGAAACAUUUAAAUAAUGUAGACAUGGAGCUUAAUAGUGAACAAGAAAGUAGUAUUAUAUCAGACAUUAUUAAUUUCAAAGCUAGAAGUGGUCCUUUUCAAAGUCGUUCAUCAUGGACAGCAAUUAACUCUAUAAAAAAUAACUCUAUUACAGCAGCAAAUUGGUGGAAAGGUAAUUUUAAAAACAAAAGUGUUCUAGCUGUUGUUGCUGAAGUACUGCUAACAUUACCAAGUUCUACAGCGUGUGCUGAACGUAAUUGGUCUGUUUGGGGAAAUAUCCAUUCAAAAAACCGUAAUAAACUUAAAACAUCUACAACUGGAAAAUUAGCAUCUGUUUACCAUAACCUUAGAUUGCUGAAAAAUAUGGAAAUAGAUACAGAGGACCAUAGAUACAAUGUGCAAAUUGAUAGUAAUUAA